CCAAUCACAGAAGACGUUCCUGAACUGUAGUUCAAAGGUCGCAUAUCGACAAGGUAACGGAGUGCAGAGAGAACUGGAGUGGAAUAAAAUCGGCGAAGAGUAUCUUGUCAAGUAGAAACGGCACAAAGGAUAAUCUGUUGCUUCAGGUAUCUCAUAUUGCUACGUGUUCACAAAUUCAAAAGCAGAGUCAUGUUUGCCCCAUUGCUCUAUAUGUCUUGCCUUCUGUCCGUCUUGAGCAGCACCACUGCACAUCCUGAGGUGGAAAUUGCAGAGGGAGUCCGACCUAAUAUGAGACUUGACAAAAAUAUGGUCCAGGAUAAGGACCAUAUUAUGGAACAUCUGGAUGGUGUUAUUGACAAACCAGAAUCUGAUAUGUCUCCUCAAGAACUGCAGCUCCAUUACUUCAAAAUGCAUGACUAUGAUGGAAACAACUUAUUGGAUGGACUUGAGCUUGCUACAGCUAUUGCACAUGUGCACAAAGAGGAGGGUGGAGGCCACAACCCACCAAUGAAAGAGGAAGACCUAGUUAGCCUUAUUGAUGAUGUUCUCCGAGAUGAUGACAAAAACAAUGAUGGAUAUAUUGACUAUGCAGAAUUUGCAAAGUCAUUGGAGUAAACUUUAUUAUUUCAGAUUUCAUGAAUCUAAUAAAUCAUUUUACUGUUCCAAUAUUUGAAGCAGUUUUUCACUUGAUCCUUUUAACAGAUAUGAAAAUUUUUGAUAUUCUGUUGGUAAAGGAAUUAAAGUGACCUGCUGCUUUAUUUUGCACUACAGGGUCUAGAAUGUUCAAUAGCUAAUUUGCACACACCAUCUACUUUACUCCCUUUUGUAAAAGGAGUCACCAAGGUGUGUAGUGUGGUGCAUUGUCUCAUGUCAAAGUAUACUACACUCUCAUUUAAAAAGAUAACUCGGAUGAACUUGUUGGAAUUAAGAGAAGUCAAAAAGAAACAAAGUUCUUGAAGUGGAGACAAUGUAAUUUGAUAAAGAAGCUGCUUAAAUGUUUACUGCCGUUCAAAAUGAAGUGCAGCCAGACUAACGUAAUUAAAUCCAUAGUUCACAUUUUGACUGGGUUUUCCAACAUUGUAAUUACCUUUAUUAUUUACAUCUAAAGUAUGAUCAGUUGGUUCCUGCUUUGCUGCCUCAAUCAUUUCCAUGCAUCCAUCCACCCCAGUUCAUAUUAUAAAGAAAAAUCUUCUGUUACACUCAUAGCUUCCCAACAGACUGCCAUACCCCACUUAACACUUUAGCAUUAGACCAAUUUUUUUCUUGCCUUCUUAAACUGUGAAAUCUUGUAUCAUGCCAUACUUGCAGUAUCAAAUGUGAUUUCUGCUUACCAAGGACCCUCCUGGAAGCCUUGGAACUUUUCCUGAGUUGGAAUCUCUGUGGCUUUGUUCUCAAGUGUCAUUCUUUUAUACAGUAUCUGUUUUCCAAAUCUACCAGCCUUAGGCAUUUUUUAUCAUACAGUUUGUCCUGAUUCCUAAGUAAGUUUUGUGGGCUAUUAUGUUAAUCCACUCCUGAGUUCAGUGGAUAAACCCUUGCUGCCAAUUCUAUGUUGUUAAAAUAGCUUCUUAGAAAUGUUGACUUUUGUGAAAUUUGGAAUGUAUUUAACACUUUACUUUGCCGCUUGUGUUCAUUUUUGGAAGUCUGUUUCUUCUGGUAGCUGUUCGCCAUGUGCUAAGUACAGUUUUUGCUUUUGUGCAGACAUGUUUUCAAAAAUAGAUGACAUUCUAAAAGAAUGUAUAUGCUUAGUAUUUUUGAAAACAAUUUGUACAUUUUAGUAACAGCAGUGGUGGUGCAGUGUAAAGGUUAAGUGAUGUUGAGCAUACUCAAGUGAUAUUUGAAAAUCAGAAUUAAUUUUAGGCUUUGUGAUCGGCCACUCCUCUUUGUUUUGUACAUUAAAUUGACUAAAGGGGAAAGCGAACGAUGCUGUUGAUUUGCAAGGAAAGAAUUCAAACUUUGCCGUUAAAAAUAUGUUAUAGUUUUACAAUCAAAUAAUGUUUUACACUUAACACUGUCUUGGAAAUUGAAAUCUUAAAUUUUGUAAUGGCUAAGCUGCCGUUGUUUAGGAUAAGUUGGUUGAAAUAUAUUUAAGCUUUGGCGUAAGAUUUGUCAUUUUUAAAGUAAAAGUAUAACACCAAUGGUGCCAACACAGUUGUAUUUGUCAAACCAAUGAUAGUGAUAAAGUAUGAAUUGAUAUCCAUCCAUUCAUUCAUUCAUUCAUUGUCUGAUUCACCUUUCAAAUUCAGAACCUCCCAGCAUGGAUUGCCAGUGCAUCACGGAAACCCCUCAUGAACACACCCAGGCCAGGCUAAGUUAACCGGUAACUUUAAAUGAAUCUGUCUAAAUUACAGACACAGGGACUAGUAAAAACCGUGGCAUCCCUAAUUCUAAAUGCAUAUUGUUUCAUCAUGAGAAGUUUAUAUCUAGGUCACAUAAUUCAGCUUGCUGCCUACUUUUUCCAUUUGUUUCUUAAUUUUAAAUGGGGAAAAAAAAAGUUGUUGCCUGAUUCAAAGCCACCUGCAAUUUUUUUGGGUGUAAUAUGGUGUGUAUGACUGCUAAAGAGUUUUUUUUACAAUUUUAAUCAGAUGUAUAUUUUAUAAAUACAUUGCAUUUAUAAAAAUACAAAAAUUAAAGAAUUUUAAAAUAUUUUGAAUAGGUACAUUUCUAUGUAGUAAAUAUGUAAGUAAAACUGUGAGCCAUGUACAUUAAAUGUGAACAAUUGUGCAUAAUUUUCUGUGUAUUAAAAAUGUUUGUUCCAGCA